CUAACCACCAUCUGACCUCCCUCUUCAUCUUCACUCAUUGGCGCAAUCGACACCGUCCAAGGAGGUCGAGAGCUCUCUCACAAGCUCAUGAUCUGAUUGUACGUCAUUUGCAAGCGCCGACGAGGGCGCAGGGUCGUGCUCAGCAAUGGGCAUUCAGGGUCUCUUGCCGAUUCUCAAGGACGUUCAGAAUCCCAUCAAUGUCUCUCAGCUCAAAGGGCAGACGCUUGGCAUAGAUGGCUAUGUUUGGCUCCACCGCGGGGCUUACGGCUGCGCAAAGGCCCUCGUCAAGGGCGAGUCGACAACCAAAUACAUCAACUACGCCCUUCAUCGCAUCCGCAUGCUCCAACAUCAUGGCAUCACGCCCUACGUAGUUUUCGAUGGGGACCGGCUGCCGAGCAAGGCAGGUACUGAGGAGGAUCGCGAGCAAAAGAGGGCAUUCAACAAGGCAAAAGCAGAGGAACUCAGCAUGCAAGGCAAGGACACUGCCGCCUUCGAGUACUACGCCAAGUGCGUCGACAUCACGCCGGAGAUGGCCUACCAGCUCAUCAAAGCUCUCAAAGCCCAAGGAGUCGACUACGUCGUCGCUCCGUACGAAGCUGACGCCCAACUUGCCUACUUAGAGCGGAACCGCAUCAUCCACGCCGUGGUGACCGAAGACUCAGACCUCCUCGUCUUUGGAUGCAAGCGCGUUCUUUUCAAAAUGGACGCAAAAGGAGACUGCAUCGAGAUCCAGCAGAGCCGUCUCACGGCUUGCCGGACCCUCUCAUUCGUUGGAUGGACCACAGACCUCUUCCGCCAAAUGGCCAUUCUGUCAGGUUGUGACUAUCUGCCCUCCAUAUCCGGCAUGGGCCUCAAGAAUGCACAUCGCCUGCUCACGCGCUACAAGACUGUCAAGAAGGUUCUGCAGGUCGUGAGGCUAGAGGGAAAGAUGAGAGUUCCUCCGGACUAUGCCAGGCAAUUCGAGCAGGCAGAGAAGACUUUUCUGCACCAACGUGUGUGGGAUCCGAGGGAAGACAGAUUGACAACGCUGCAGCCAUUGGGCGAAGAUCAGAGCAAUCAGGUACUGCACUACAUUGGACCCGACAUCGAGCAUGACGUCGCCUUCGCCAUGGCUCGCGGAGAAGUCGACCCCAUCACGAGACUGCCGAUCAAGGACCUGGUACCCGACACACGAUAUCCGCAGCAGCAGACGACGAGCGGAGCUCUCAAGAGGGGCCCGCCUGCUGCGCAGACCAGCAAGGGUCAACAAGGUCUAGGAUCGUUCUUCAAAAAGGCGCCAGUUGCGAGGGCGUCGUCAUCUGGCAGCAACGGUCUGCAAGCUCUCGCAGGACCUUCUUCACUUCGCCCACCUUUAGCACCUCGAGAUCUCAACAAGGCAUCUUCUGCGGGAGACUCCGGCACAGCAGCCACGCCCAAGAAGAAGAGCAAAUACUUUGGUGGGGCGAGCAAGGGCAUCGGCAAGGCCGUAUCGGCAGAGGAGCCCAUCAAUGCCCCUCCUGUUCUGCCAACGAAGGAGUCCGAACGAGGUCAUGCUGCCUCUCCUGCUGCUGCCGUGGACGACACAGCGCCCCUCCUUCAGCACCCAAACAGCCAAUCGUCCCCAAUUGCAGGCAUCGGCGACUUCUUCUGCGAGCUCGACGGCGCUGAUGCGGACAUGCUCUGUGCCGAUGAGCCUGCCGAGCGCGAAGAGGAGCCGGGCAUGCGUAGCCCUUCGCCCGUGGCAGCGCCUCGACAGAAUGACGAUGAGAUAGUCAUGGGCGUAGCAGCGACUUUCUCAGAGGACCGUUGCGAAAGUGGCAAUGAAAGGAGGGUGGCAUGGGCGAGCGAAGAUCAUAGCGAUGUCUCUGAUGCUGACUCGACGCCCAGCAAGAAAAGGAAGCAUAUGCUGGACAUUCUCUCUUCGCCGCUCAGCUUCGACGGAGACGAGCACGAAAGCCGGCAAGGUCUCGCCAAAUGUAGUAACGCUGUUUCCGUUGACGACAGCAAGACCGGGCUCACGGCUCGCGGCUCUUCGCCGGACCAUAUCAACUCUUCUCCCUCUCAAGACGCAGUACAGGUCACAGCGCCAGCAGCGGGUCCGAAUCGUGCGAGACAGUCACGAUCUCCAUCGCCUGGCUCACCUACGGCAGCAGCAGCGUUGCGACGCAAGCCUGCGUCGCACAAGCCCCAGCGGAGUGGCCGCAAGUCUCUCUCACUCGUCUCCGGAGCUCCUACUCCAGUCAAGGCCAACGAAGAGGACGGUGUUGUUCCGGCCACCGACCUUGCUCGAUCCCUCUGGGCAAAGUACGCCCAUCAAGACAUCGAAGGAGGAGCCCAAACACCCGCAGCGAAGGCGGCGAGGCCUGCCAGGGCAGCAACGACUUCGCGUCCCACCCUUGGUCGCUUCCUCACCACGGGUAGUGCUGUACAGGGUGCAUCGUCUUGUCGCCCGCUACGACUGUACAAGAGUGAUGAGCCUGCGUCUCACCUGCCUUUCGCGCCCAGCAGCGCAGUAGACAGUCCCCUAGCACAGCGGGAGGUACGCGGUGGCUGCCAGAUCUCUGCGGCUGGGCCUGCUCUUCAAUUUCACUCGGGCCCACAUCACGACCCCGCUCAGCAGGCAGAUGACGCCACGCCUACUCCCAUGAUGAAGUCCAGUCGAAGUGCACCCAACGUUAUGACUACCUCGGCCCUGAAGAGAAAAAAUACGCUCAGCAUGACGACGGACACCACCCCGGUCCGCCCACCUCUCGGUGCCAGGAAGAGCAGCAAUGAUGCCAGAGACGCAAGGACGAGCAGCAUCAAGCGUCACAAGGCAAUAGGAAGCGGGAAAGGAGCUCUGCGCCUUUCGACUAGCCCUCAACCUCCGGCUUCUUCUGCUUUUCUCGAUUCGUUCCGCUUUCAGAGGGGAGGGGCGAGGGGAAGUGUUCAGGGAUGAGAGGGCAGGAAAGGACUGCUCGUGAGAGUAGAAGGACGAGGAUUGAUCAGCAUUAAUGUGAAGAAGAGAAGCGCAGUUGUGUUCAUCUUGUUACCUUUGACCUCAAUAGCAUCUAAUCUUAACGAGCCCCAC